AUGGGAAAAGAAGGUGGAAAUGAAGAUAGGAAGGGAACAAAGCAUCCUAUCUAUAUAGGUGUUAGAAAGAGGAAGUGGGGACAGUGGGUGUCUGAAAUCAGAGAGCCAAUGAAGAAGAAGAGGAUAUGGUUGGGCUCAUUUCCCACACCAGAGAUGGCUCCUUGUGCACAUGAUGUAGCUGUUUUAGCCUUAAGAGAGGAGUCUGCCAGAUUCAAUUUUCCUGAAUCCGUUCACUCCCUUCCUCGCCCUGCAACAUCCUCUGCAACAGGCAUUCAAGCUGCUGCAGUCCAAGCUGCAUAUUCUUGUUCCAGUUCCCAACAACCAGAAGAAGACCAAGUGCCCCAUCUGUGCUCCAGCAACAACAAUGAAGCUGAUCACAAUGAUUUCCAAGAGACGGAGCUCCCAUUACACAAUGCCAGUAAUGAAACUGAAUCCGGUGAUUUUGCAAGAACUGAUUACAAAAAGGAAGUGGUGGAUUCAUGGCUGGAUUGGCCAACCUUGCUAAUGACAUGGCAGAUGGAGUGCGAACUGGGUCUUUUAUAUUCUUUCAUAACCAGUAUAUAUCUCUGA